AUGAAUUCUUCUUCGAAACUACCCCUCCUUCUCGGGUUGUUCUUAGCAUCAUUCGUUGCUGCCGAGGCAAAGGCGCUCAUCGGACCGAGCACGCCCGACCCCUUUUCAUCAAUUAGUCUAGACAGUAUUAUACAUCGAAAGGAAGUCGUGUUUAACGUGCUUAGUUUCGGUGCCAAACCCGGUGGCACUAAAGACAACACUCAAACUUUCAUGAAGACAUGGGUUGCCGCUUGUCGCUCCAAGCAACCGGCUAGAGUUGUUAUUCCCAGUGGUGUGUUUUUGAUCUAUCAAAUCGUUUUCGCUGGGCCUUGUCGGAACACUGAACCAAUUGUCGUUCAAAUUGAUGCCACGUUGAAAGGCGGCGAUGACGUCAGCCAAUACGUCUCAGCUGAAUGGAUAUUGUUCGAGAAAAUCAAUGGUUUGAUAGUGACAGGACGAGGCACAUUGGAUGGACAAGGUAGUAAGGUUUGGAAGUACAAUGAUUGCCAUGUGAAUCAAAAUUGUCAGAAGCUCCCAGUUAGUUUUAAACUCAAUGGCAUCCGACACGGACUCGUGAAAGGCCUCACUUCCCUUAACAGUAAAGGGAAUCAUAUGUUCAUCACGAAUUCUGAAAAUAUUAGGGUUCGAAAGCUACACCUGAUCGCACCGGAUGAUAGUCCAAACACUGAUGGUAUACAUCUUAGUCGCUCCACUAAUGUGAGAAUUACAAAAUCUACCAUUACUACAGGUGACGACUGUAUCUCUGUCGGUAGAGGAUCGAUGAAUGUUGUUAUCAACCAAAUUAAAUGCGGGCCAGGACAUGGUAUCAGUAUUGGUAGCCUCGGGAAGUACCCAAAUGAGGAGGACGUGCGGGGUAUUAUCGUUAGGAACUGCACGUUAUUUAACACUGACAACGGGCUUAGAAUCAAAACAUGGGCAGACUCCCCCCCGAGUGCAGCGGUAGGCAUACUAUUCCAAGACAUCAAUUUGAUCAAUGUAAAGAAUCCGAUCAUCAUCGACCAACAGUACAGCUGCUCAAAAGUUUGCAAAAAGCCGCCAUCACGAGUCCGAAUCAGCGAUGUUCAUUUCGUGAAUAUAAAAGGAACAACAAUCUCACCGGUAGCAGUUAAACUGGUAUGCAGCAAGCGGUUCCCAUGCCAAAACAUUGAGAUGUCCAACGUAAAUCUAAAGUACAGUGGGCGUCCGAACGACAAAGCGUUGCCGUUUAGGUCAGAUUGUACAAAUGCAAAAGUAGGCUAUAGAGGUCUGCAAUUUCCAGCCCCCUGCAAGUGAUCAUAGUCUGAGAGCUGCAGUUGA